AUGGAGGAACAUUUGAAGCACCCUGAAGUAGUGUUACACCUUUUAAGGCAGAACCAGUUGUUUGCAAAGAGAAGUAAAUGUGAAUUUGGCCAACCCCAAGUAGAAUAUCUUGGUCAUAUUAUUGCAGGCGAUGGGGUGAAUACUGAUGAAAACAAAGUGGUUGCUAUGGUUGAUUGGCCUCAACCUGUUACUUUGAAGGAGUUAAGGGGUUUCCUUGGUCUCACUGGAUAUUACAGAAAGAUUAUAAAAAACUAUGCUCAUAUUAGUAGACCAUUAACCAACUUGCUAAAAAAGGGUGGUUUCAUUUGGAAUCCUGAAGCAACUAGAUCUUUCUAG